CUGGGGGCGCGGUUGCACAGGUUCCCAUGAACGACGCUCACGGGCCUUCAGCCAAUCAAAUCCCAGGAAUGGGAGGAACAGGUUUUCCGGCCUAAUGAGCGAAAACACACAACUCUCAGCUGAAAGACCAAGAGGAGAAGCGGCUGCUCGUGAAUAAUUGAACGGCUCGGCAGUCCCAUUUGCAGACGAAAUCUACUAGUUGUCAGUCGUGUGACAUGGCAUCUGUCCACUGAACUGCUCCGUCAUCGGCCGCUGUCGGCACUGUGCGUUGGUGUGCAACUUCCAUCUUCACCAUGGAAACAGAUACAGAAGUUAUUCCUAUCUGGCAGAAUAAGCCUCAUGGAUCCACCCGUAGUGUUGUGAGAAGAAUAGGUUCCACUCUUCCACUCAGACCUCCACAAAGAGCAUGUUUCCAGGAACUACCGGGCAUGCCUGCUCUUCGGCCUAUGGAUGGCCCCAUUGUUCCUACCUUGGCAGACAUAGCCUGGAUUGUUGCAGAUGAAGAGGAGACAUAUGCCAGAGUGCGCAGCGACAGUCGACCUCUGAAACACGAGUGGCGGCCCACGCCUCUCCUGGUGCUCCACAGGAACUCAUCUGUACCCAACUUCCGCCGUGAGGGCAAAAGGGUGGAGGGCCUUAGGAAGCCUGGGGUGACAGCGCUAAACCGUACUACUGCCCUGCAAGACGAGCUCGGCAGACUCCGUGCACAGAUCGCCAAGAUUGUAGCAAGUGAUUCUGACUCCAACCCCGUGACCCCUGACCUGCUCUCCCCUGAUGACACAAGUAUGAGCUUCUCCAUGGCGCCUUUCGAGGCGGCGACCUACCAGCCGGCCGCCACAGCUGCCGCUUCCUUUGUCAUCAGUGAUGUCACGGAGGAGGAGGAGGAGGAGGAGGAAGAAGAGGAAGAUGUGGUCUCUGUAGUGUCGGAGCUUGUCCCUGACCCUCUGCCCCCUGUUUCCAUGACGGCAUCAGCAACCUUUGACCUUGACAGACCCAGCAUGGACUUCCGGGAGGCAGAGGAGGAUACAGUGUCGCUAUCAAAGUCUACCAGCUUUGCUGAUGUUAUGGACAUCCUGAAGGACAUGAACCGCAUGAAGAUGAGCAAGGACAGGUACAACCGAGGCUGCACAUCCCUCAGAGAGGAGGACUCAGCUUCUCUAAUUUCAGAAGCUCUGAGGAAAAAGUUUGUCCUGAAGGAAGAAGAUACUGACGCUGUGAAACGGAAGUAGCCUGGCCACGUGUUUAUCAUCGACAACCGAUCCUGCUGCUCCAUGUAAGUCAGGACAGGGUUGUAGAAAGUAGUUUUUUUUUUUUAAUAUUUUGUAUAAUGAGCCCUUGAAGGCAUGUGGUAGGUUGUCAUUGAUAAUGCGAUCAGUGGCAGAAUGUUUUUAGCUCACUUGUGGGUUCUUAGUUGUUGUUGUUUUUCUUUUUUCUCCUCAUUAUUUUAGGCUUUUCCCUGUGGAAUAUGUACCCAUGGAUCCACAUCUUUGCUCUUCAGGCCCAAGGCAAUAGCUGUCAGCCAGAGCUAGAACAAAAACACAUUCAAAGUCUAAUCUGCUGGUGCAGUGUGAGGCGGAUCUGCCAACACUUGAUAACAGUAAACGCAUAUUGCAUCCAGUUUAUUUCUCUCUGGAAAAAAAUACUUUAAUGUUACAUUUAUUUUGGAAUAAGUUCUCAACAGACUGCGGUCAAGAAACUUACUCUGUCUGCGCUAUUUGGAUUUUAGAUGCAUUUUUUGGACUGUUAAAGGACAUCGUGGAGGGGCUGUUAUCUAAACAAACAUCACAAAGCCCUCUAACAUACUUGAAAGUUAUCUACAAAUGAAACAAUUCUCCUGUACAAGCAGAAAUGUACUGUUUUGUAUCGGUGUGUGUGCAAAACUUCAGAUCUUUGCUGUUGGUGUGAGUUUGCAAAUGUGCACAGCAUUGUGUACAUUAUGUUGCUUGCUCCACUGAACCUCUUAUGCCUGUCCUCUUGUUUGUGAUUAAUAUAGAGAUGAAUAGUCACUGAACCAUAGGACUGAUUUCGAAACUGAAAUAUAAGAGUUAACUGCAUCCUGUAAACAUCAAUAGAAGUGUGCAAGUGAAAUGUGCACCCAUCAUUGUUUGUAGUCAUUUGUGUUUCCAGUAAAGGCAAUGAUGGAUACAAGCUUAUAUACAGGUCUCUUUAGACACACAUCUCAGUUUUCCUCUCUGUGUACAUUGUUCUAAGUACUCGCCGAAAGCACCUUUUUUAUGAUGCAACAUUACAGAACAUUCUGUAUGCAGAGUUUUGACAAAGCCAUGGGUUAAGUGCUUGUUGUGUGAGUUGCGAUGAUGACGAUGAAUAUUCUUGUCGCCGCCUUACCACGGAUCUGUUCCAAAGCCUGAUUUUAUUCCCUUAUUAGUUCAAGUGCCAUGGGUUUGUUUGUUCAGCUCCACUCCUCAUUGCUAGCCCUUUCCUGAAUGUGCUCUCCAUCUUCAUCUUUAUUAGGAUUCCCAUGUUUUUCUCUCUCAAACAAACAGGUUGUGUGGUGUUUAAAAUAACCCCCAACAAGAAAAUACUUGCUCUUAAGUCCCUUUUACUUCCACAUGCCACUCUGUUUUUUUUAUCCGUCACGUUAAUGCCUGCAUGACUGGGAGUCCUUGCGUGUAGUUUUGCAGUGUGAACAGUUAUGUGUGUGUGUGUGUGUGUGUGUGUGUGUGUGUGUCGCUGUAGGCAGUGGAGUUAAAGUGUGUUUCGUCCUGCUAGAGUUGGCCCUCAACUUGUCCUCUGUAAUCUUCUCAAUAGUUAAGUUCCUCAUUGGACAGAGUGAAGUAUAAUGUGACUGGAUAAGAAAAACCUACUAUAUGCAAGUUUAAAUAUAUUAAUCAUGUGUCUUUACUGAAGAUGUUAAACCUUACACAGCAUACUCUGCCAACUGCAUCGCUCGUCCUGCUAAUAAAUAGAGAGAAGAAUUUAGUUGGAGGAUUUUCCACGAAGAAUUUUUGACUUUGUUUCUCUUGUCAUGGCUUCUCACCAUUUACAGGGUUAAACCCGCCCGCCACCACAUGUAUGUUUAUUUUAUUUUAUUUUUGUCAUGUUUGGACUUGUAAAUAAAGAUUGGCUGAUGUUUUGAAACUGA